AUGGAUCUCCAUGCCGAUUCUCCCAAUUCCGGGAUGAAGAAACGAAAACAAGACGAACAGGAUGCUUUGGUCAGUGAUCAUGGAAAUUCCAUGAGUGUAGGAGAAUCAUCUGGUAGUGGUGACCCCUGCAAGAGUUUGACCUCGAUAUCACUGAGUUCAAAGAAUUCAAAUGGUUCCGAUUCUGAUAUUUCAUGUCAUGACGAUGAUGAGGAUGUGAUUGAUGAUGAUGAUGAUGAUGCACUUGAAGAUCCUGAUUAUAUAUCUGAUUAUUUUGACGAUGAAGACAUCUAUGAAGAUGAUUAUUCACUUAUGCAGGAUCAAUUCGACAAUGUGGAUAUACCUCCUGGGGUAGAAGCAUCAGUACCUUGGUUGAAGGAUAUUCCUUCUAGCGAAUGCAAGCCGGCUGUUGUCCAUGCCCAUUCAGAGUCCAGUUCGAAAGAAAAAGUAGAUGAAUCCACGGAUCCUGUCAUGCAAAAGUUUCGUCAAUUUAAGCCAUUUGAUACUGUUGAUUCUUUUCCUGAUCAUCACUAUGAUAAGGAAGGUGCUUCAGUUUCAGAGGCGCAGCGACCAAAGAAUUGGGGAAAAAAAAUUCAGGAGGAAUGGAAAAUUUUGGAGGAAAAUUUGCCAGAAACAAUCUUUGUGAGAGUUUGUGAAUCUAAAAUGGAGCUUCUUAGGGCAGUCAUCAUUGGACCUCAAGGCACUCCAUACCAUGAUGGCCUUUUCUUUUUCGAUUGUUUAUUUCCGUCUUCAUACCCUGCAGGUCCACCGCAAGUUCACUAUCACGCAGGUGGCCUAAGGCUAAAUCCAAAUCUGUAUCAAUGUGGAAAAGUGUGCCUUAGUCUCUUGGGUACUUGGCAUGGUAAGAAUAGCGAAAACUGGAUUCCAGAUAAAUCAACCAUGCUACAAGUCUUGGUUUCGAUACAAGCUCUUAUUCUGAAUGAGAAACCUUUUUUUAAUGAGCCUGGAUAUGCUGAUGCAUAUUCUAGUGAGGAGGGGCAAAGGAGAUCUAAGGAUUACAAUGAUAAUACAUUUAUUUUAUCUUUGAAGACAAUGAUGUAUACCCUGCGUAAACCGCCAAAGCACUUUGAGGACUUCGUUGCGGGGCAUUUCCGUCAAAGGGGCGUGGACAUACUGAAAGCAUGUAGGUCAUAUGCUGAGGGGGGACCCGUUGGAUCAGUUUUACAUAAUGCUCCAGCACCAAAUAGUCGAAGUGUCAAUGCUUCUGCCAAGAACCAAAAAGAAUUUCAGUCAACUGUGAGUAGGAUGAUGAAUACCCUUGUUGCAUUUUUCAGCAAAAAUGGCUCCACAAACUGCGAAGAGUAUCGAACUCUAGAGAUUUAUAACUUAUCUGCUGCUGCUACUGCUAACUUGGAAGUUUUCAAGAUAGAAUCUUCUGGCUCAACAACAUUGACCCAGGUCUGA